ACAAUUUUAGAUGUUUGUCGGUCGAAGUUGACAGAAAUACGCCCUCUUUCAAGAAAUUACUUCUUAAGUUCGGUUUGCGUACAUCGAGGACGUCCUCUCAAUUCAUAAUGUCAGAUGGGGAAGGAGAUGACGCUCCCGUAGCUGCCCCAGCAGCAGCUGGCGGCCCUAUGGAUGUCAACACGGCUCUACAAGAAGUCUUGAAAACUGCUCUCAUUCAUGAUGGACUUGCCAGAGGUCUACAUGAAGCUGCCAAAGCACUUGACAAGCGUCAAGCCCAUCUGUGCGUUUUGGCCAGCAACUGUGAUGAACCUCAGUACAAGAAGCUUGUUGAGGCUCUCUGCGCAGAGCACAACAUUGAUCUUUUGAAGGUUGAUGAUAACAAGAUGCUUGGUGAGUGGGCUGGUUUGUGCAAGAUUGACCGCGAGGGUAAAGCAAGAAAAGUGGUUGCCUGUAGCUGUGUCGUUGUCAAGGACAUCGGCAAGGAAACACCAGCCAUGGACGUAUUGACAGAAUACUUCAAGAGCCAACAUUAAACAGACAACCUAUCAUUUUAACUACAAUAAUAGUAAAGUAGUCUGUUGAAUGUAAUGUCACUGAAUAAAGAUUUCUUUUAAAGCCGUGAAA